UGAACAGGCAGUGAGCGUGUGCAGAAGAGAGCAAGGCGGCUCUGGAAAGCAGGCGGCUUCUUGCAGGGAAGGGAGCUGCCAGCCAUGCUCUGGGCACUCUGGCCAAGGUGGCCAGCAAGCAAGGGGCUGCCCCUCCUGGGCGUGGUGUGUCUGCGAAAGAGAGAGAACAGGGCACCUCAGUGGAGUCACUGGCAGCGGGAAACCCACCCAUACUAUGACCUCCAGGUGAAGGUGCUGAGGGCCAGAAAUAUCCGGGGCUCAGACCUGUUGUCCAAAGCUGACUGCUACGUGCAGCUGUGGCUGCCCACAGCCUCUCCCAGCCGCGCCCAGACAAGGGUGAUAGCCAACUGCAGUGACCCCGAGUGGAAUGAGACCUUCCAUUACCAGAUACACGGCGCUGUGAAGAAUGUCCUGGAGCUCACCCUCUAUGACAAGGACGUGGUGGGCAGUGACGAACUCUCCGUGCUGCUGUUUGACCUGAAGAGCCUCAAGCCCGGCCAACCCCACAGGCACACCUUCUCACUCAACCAGCAGGAUUCACAAGAGCUACAGGUGGAGUUUGUUCUGGAGAAGAGCCAGGUGCCUGCAUCUGAAGUCAUCACCAACGGUGUCCUGGUGGCUCAGCCCUGUCUGAGGAUCCAGGGUGCCCUCAAGGGAGGUGAGACGGCUCCACACAGAAAGUAUGGCGGCUCUAGGCAGGUUCGGCUGGCAGUGCCUGGGGCCUACGAGAAACCACAGCCCUUGCCCCUGCAGCCUCCCGUGGAGGCAAGCCCCCCAGCCACCUUUACCUUCCAUGUGAAUCCGGUGCUUCGCUCCAGGCUGGAUGUGGAGCUGGCGGAGAAGCUCACAGUCCUGGAGAGUGGCCCGAGUGCUGAGUUGGAGGCUCAGAAUAGCAACCUGGGUGAGGGGAGCAUCCUGCUCUCCUCGCUGACCCUGGGUCAGGAGGAACAGCGCUUGGUGACUCUCGGGGAGGGCCAGGAGGUGGCUCUGAGUGUGCAGGCAGAAAUGAGCUCUGGGGACCUUGACCUACGCCUUGGCUUUGACCUCUGUGAUGGGGAGCGAGAGUUUCUGGACAAGAGGAAGCAGAUCGUGUCCAAGGCCCUGCAGCAGGUGCUGGGAUUGAGCCAGGCUCCUGACAGUGGCCAGGUGCCUGUGGUGGCUGUGCUGGGCUCUGGAGGUGGGACCCGUGCCAUGUCUUCUCUGUAUGGCAGCCUGGCAGCGCUGCAGGAACUCAGCCUCCUGGACACUGUGACCUACCUGAGUGGGGUCUCUGGGUCCACCUGGUGCAUCUCCACACUGUACAAGGACCCAGCUUGGUCCCAGGUGGCUUUGCAGGGCCCCAUGGAGCAUGCCCGGGCCCGGGUCUGCAGCAGUAAGGUGGGCGCAGUGUCCACGGAGCGCCUACAAUACUACGCUCAGGAACUGCAGAACCUGGAAAGCAAUGGCCACAGCGUUUCCUUCAUUGACCUCUGGGGCCUCCUCAUUGAGUAUUUCCUAUACGAGGAGGAAAACCCUGCCAAGCUCUCCGACCAGCAGGAGGCUGUGAGCCAGGGCCAGAACCCUUAUCCCAUCUACGCGGGUGUCAACGUCCACCCCAACAUCAGCGGGGAAGACUUCGCAGAGUGGUGCGAGUUCACCCCCUACGAGGUUGGCUUCCCCAAAUAUGGGGCUUACGUUCCCACCAAGCUCUUUGGCUCAGAGUUCUUCAUGGGGCAACUGCUGAGGCCCUGGCCGGAGCCCCGGAUAUGCUACCUGCAGGGUAUGUGGGGCAGCGCCUUUGCAGCCAGCCUGGACGAGAUCUUCCAGAAGACCGCUGGCUCCAGCCUCGGCUUCCUGAACUGGUACCGAGGCUGUGUGAACGUCACAGAUGACUGCCAGAAGCUUCAGCGGCACGACCCCACGAGGCUGCGAACGAGGCUCUUCACCCCCCAGGGGCCCUUCUCCCAGGCAGUGCUAGACUUAUUCACCUCGAGAUUCACCUCUGCGGAGAACUUCAACUUCACCCGGGGCCUCUGUCUGCACAAGGACUAUGUGGCCUGCAGGGAUUUCGUGGCCUGGAAAGACUCUCACCCAGACGCCUUCCCCAACUGGCUCACUCCCAUGCGGGACUGCCUGUCGCUGGUGGACGGGGGCUUCGCCAUCAACUCUCCCUUCCCGCUGAGCCUGCCGCCGCAGAGAGCGGUGGACCUCUUCGUGUCCUUCGACUACUCCCUGGAUGCGCCUUUUGAGGUCUUACAGACGACAGAGAAGUACUGCCUGGACCGAGGCAUCCCCUUCCCCAAAAUCGAGGUGCUCCCUGAGGACCUGGAGGAGCCCCGUGAGUGCUACCUGUUUGCCACGGAUGAGGACCCCCGGUCACCCAUUGUGCUACACUUCCCCCUGGUCAACCGUACCUUCCGUACACACCUGGCCCCAGGUGUGGAGCGACAGACAGCUGAGGAGAAGGCUUUUGGGGACUUUGACAUCAACGGGCCAGACACACCCUACGGCAUGAUGAACUUUACCUAUGAGCCCGAGGAGUUUGAUCGGCUGGUGGCCCUGAGUCGAUACAAUGUUCUGAAUAAUGUAGAGACCAUCAAGCAGGCCCUCCAGCUGGCUCUGGACCGGCGGCAGGCGGGGGCUGGGGCCGGAGACUGACCCAGUCUGCAGCUGGGAGACUGGGACACAGGAGGGACUGUGAGGCUCCAGCCCAGAACGUGGUAGAGGGAGGGGCGGGCUCUGCGGGGCUUCUGCUUCGCAUCGUGCUGGGACCUGCCUUAAGGUGCCCCAGGCCCCAGAAUUGUCUUGCAGAAUUACAGCUUGGACAUGGGGCAGAGACCUUCUGGUGUGUGUUUCUGGGGCAAGAUGGGGCAGUAUGUCUCUGCGGGGGCUCUUGGGCAGAAGCAAGCCACGCUCACUUUGCAGUGGAGUGUGUAGAGGGGAUGGAGGUAAUGGUCUAGCCCCACGGCCCACCCCACACGCAGAAGGACCUCAGACCCUCACCAGAAUGGGAGCUGUGAGAGCUGGGGUGGAGGUUACUCUGCUUAAACUGGGACCAGAAGCGAAGAUGCAUCCACUCAAUCCACACUUGCGCCCGUGGCCGAAUCCCUGACCCCCUCUCCUCCAUGGCCCAGCCCUGGCCCCAUCCCUGUCCUUGUUCCCAGCUCCUGGCUGCAGUGUUAGUGCAAUUGAGAAUGAAGGGGGACCACGUGGGUUGCCAGUCUGGGUCACCAACUCCAUCGUCCUUUUUGCUAACCUUUCUUCACUCUCCAGCCUCCCCCAUCCCUCCUCGUAGCCCACCACCCUUCUCUGCUCAGCCUCCUGAAGGCUGUGCGGUGAUGACCCACCCAGGCCAGACUCCAUUUCAAGGUGUGCAUGUUGUCUGCCUGCUGCCUCCUUAACUCAGGUCGCGUUCCCUUGUCACAUG